AUGCAGGGCUUCCCCACUCCUCAUUUCAAACGAGUGACUCACGAAGAACACACUGCCCACCAACCUUCGGUAAAACCACAAGACACCGGAAGCUUGGUACCGCCUACUUGACCCCACAGUGUACGGAAGUUCUCUGGACACCACGGUUACCCAGACUUUCUCGGAAAUGUACGGCAAGCUGAUCGGAGAGCUGGACGGGUCGGGCCACUGCAGCCCCGCGUCUAUCAUGUCCGACGAUAGUUGUUCGUCCAUGGCCACUACAGCAAGCCAGGACUUUGCUGGAUCUGGGAACGAGUUCACAUCCAACCUGAACACACUGGCCAACGCUGCGUCAGACCCAACCAUGCAGUGGAUGGUCACCACCUCCAACGCCAUCUCCAACUCUGCCACUCCUGCAGCUUUCACCAACGCAGUCAACGUGGCAAACAGCCCAGAGAUCAAAGUGUUGUUGGACGCCGCAGCACGCCGACGGAGACGCAUCCCAGAUCAUGAGCUGCCAUUUGAUGAGCGUGAGAAGCGCCGUGUGCGCCGUGAGCGGAACAAGCUGGCUGCAGCCAAAUGCCGCAACCGCCGCCGUGAUCUUACUGAAGAACUGAUCGCACAAACUGAAGACUUGGAGGAGGAGAAGGCUGGGCUGGAGGCUGAGAUUGCCAGUCUCCAAGCUCAGAAGGAACAGUUACAGUUCAUCCUCCAGGCACACAAGCCUGCCUGCAAGAAGAUACGCACAGACUCGGACUCUGACAGCACUAUCACCCCCUCCAGCAGCCCUGGCCGCAAAUCCAUCUCCCCCAAACCUGCUAACCUGACCCUCCCGCUGACUGCCAUCACCACGUCCCCCAGUCUCAACACACCCAGCAUCACCACCUGCGCCCUGACCACGCCCACGCUCACCACGCCUAACCUCACCACCACUCUGGAGUCCUUCAUGUCGUCCCUGGACACGCCCACCAUUGUGACGGCUUCCAGUGAUUUUGACACCUUCACCACGUCGGCAACGCUGACCACGCCCACCAUCCCAAACAUGGAUGGAGUAUUUGCCGAGCCCAACCCCUUCACCAUGGCAACAACCCCCGUCUCCAUGACAACCUCCCUCUUCACCUAUCCCCAUGUCACGGAGACGUUGGACCUUCCCUUCCCCACCUCGGGACAGGCCUGUGCCCAGCAGGUGCAGCGUUCCAGCUCAGGUUCUGCCAGCGACAGCACACCUGAAGCUACCUCACCUAGGUGGAUUUCCUUGUGAUUAUCCACGACUUAAAGACUUACAAAGACACUUGUAAUACUGUUGUCAGUAUAUUGUUUAUACCAGCAUUGUUCAAUCUACAAAAAUGUAUGUACAAAGACCUACUAUUUGUUUUUAAAAGAUUUUGUAUGAGAAUUUCAGGUGUAAAAUGAAAAUUGAAGGGCCAACAGACAUGGCCAAGAAAAUAGAGUUGUAAGCGUAAUUUGGUAGCAAUUCUGCGGACACUGCCAGGGUGUGCGGAGGGAAGUAGUGUGCCGGUAACAUGGAACUUCUCAGGGCACAGGGCUGGACUGCAGGGCAGCAGGGAGGGAACAUUGUACUGUGGUGACUCAGAGAUGGCUCCCUAGUCCACAGCCAAGUGGAUAAACCAUGGCCGUUUUUCAAUGUCAGGGGGACUUUCCUCAUGCCCUACUUUCACAUGGCGAGUCACUUUCUCUUUUUGGGUUUGGUGCAAUACCAUACAUGGACAUUUUAGGGCUUCUUUAAUGAUGAAUCAUAAGUGAACCAAAAACAAAGUGUGAUUCAGGACUUUUAUUGCCUGGCAUUGUUUCUAUGCCCCACAAUGAGCAGUCAUUGUAUAUAUAAUAUGUGGUAUGACUCAUACAUACCAAAUAGCUAUUUAUUGCUUUUAUGAUGAAGUGGAGGAAUUUGACAUAUAGAUGAGUGAUUUACUUCUUAUUAUGCAAAACAGAUUAUUUAUUUUCAAGAGACUUGUUAACUUAUUUAAUUAUGUAUGAGGGUACUGCCAUUGAUAUUUAUACCUAAAUAUGAUAUCAUUUAGCAUGUCACUAUGGAGAGGCAUGUUCUUUGGACAGCUCUCUUGCUAAAACACUUAAGUUAUUUAUUCAGGCAUUUUGUCUAUGCAGAUUAUUAUAUUUUGAUAAAAUAAAAGUUGACUGAUACUUAA